AGCAGUCGAUUUUUUAUAAUUUGUGUGGUGGAAAAGAUGCCGAGCGCCUCAUUUACGGCCUCCAGGUCGUAUGUAAGGAGAUCUCGAAGAAAAGGCGCAAACAGAAUCCCCACACCUUCUAGAACAACGUCUGCUGAACCAUGUGAACCUUCCUGUCCAGUUCCCAAUCAAAACAUUCCAGCUCUAUCAACAGCCGCCCCUGGUUCCGGGGGCACUUCGGCAGCUGCUCCUGGAACCAGUGGAGGUGCUGUACCAACACAUCAUUCCCCGUACGAUUUAAGAAGGAAAUCGCCUUCCCAUCACGAGUGUGGUGCAGGUCCGAGCACUAGUGCGGCUACCGCUGGUUCGCCAACUUCACCCGCUGCACCCACGACAUCGGCACAAGGUUACACAUCAGCUAUGUUACCAGCUCGUAAACGUCCCCGAAGAACUUGCUCGGUUUCUUACGAAACUUGCACUAAUACAGCAGCUCAUUACUUACAAUAUGAAUUACCUGAUGAGGUUUUACUCACUAUCUUUAAUUAUCUGCUGGAACAAGACCUUUGUCGUGUUAGCCAAGUGUGUAAACGAUUCCAGUCGAUCGCCAAUGACACCGAAAUUUGGAAACGUUUAUAUCAAAGCGUCUACGAGUAUGACUUGCCCCUAUUUAAUCCAGCACCGCGGACUUUCGAAUUUGUCAGCCCGGAAGAAUCGGAUUUGCCAAAUCCGUGGAAGGAAUCGUUUCGGCAACUUUAUCGUGGUAUUCAUGUCCGGCCCGGGUAUCAAGAUAUGCAAUUUCGUGGUCGCAAUUUGUGUUAUUUCAACACUGUUCAGAGUGCUUUGGAUUACGCAGACGAGCGUAGUGGUAGCAAUAAUAUAACUGGUACUACUUCCAACACUUGUAGUGGUGAUACAUCUGAUAGUAGCAGUCAGGGGGCUUUAAUUUUUCUUCACGCCGGCACUUAUAGAGGGGAAUUUCUUGUUAUCGACUCUGAUGUUGCCAUUAUGGGAGCUGCUCCUGGCAACGUAGCAGAAUCGGUAAUCUUAGAACGAGAGUCCGAAUCUACUGUGAUGUUUGUUGAGGGUGCAAAGCAGGCGUAUGCCGGUCACUUAACUCUUAAGUUUUCUCCCGAUGUUACGUCGACAGUACCGCAUCACAAACAUUACUGCCUUGAGGUUGGAGAAAAUUGUAGUCCUACGAUUGACCAUUGUAUUAUACGUAGUACCUCUGUAGUUGGAGCCGCCGUUUGCGUAAGUGGUGUCGGAGCAAAUCCCCUAAUUCGCCAUUGCGAUAUUAGUGACUGUGAAAAUGUCGGCUUAUAUGUAACGGAUUACGCUCAAGGGACUUACGAGGAUAACGAAAUAAGUCGCAACGCACUCGCCGGUAUUUGGGUAAAAAAUUAUGCCAAUCCCAUCAUGAGAAGAAAUCACAUUCAUCAUGGACGAGAUGUAGGCAUAUUUACCUUUGACAAUGGUUUGGGCUAUUUUGAAGCAAACGAUAUUCACAACAACAGAAUUGCUGGGUUUGAAGUGAAAGCGGGAGCAAAUCCGACAGUAGUGCACUGUGAAAUUCAUCAUGGACAAACUGGUGGUAUUUAUGUUCACGAAAAUGGUCUCGGGCAAUUUAUCGACAAUAAAAUACAUUCGAAUAAUUUCGCGGGUGUCUGGAUCACGUCUAAUAGUAAUCCGACGAUUAGACGGAAUGAGAUAUAUAACGGUCAUCAAGGUGGUGUGUAUAUAUUUGGUGAAGGGAGGGGUUUAAUAGAACAUAAUAAUAUAUACGGUAAUGCUCUUGCGGGUAUUCAAAUUCGGACCAAUAGUGAUCCUAUUGUUCGACAUAAUAAAAUACAUCACGGACAGCACGGCGGAAUAUAUGUGCACGAAAAGGGGCAAGGACUCAUUGAGGAGAAUGAAGUGUACGCGAACACCUUGGCAGGAGUGUGGAUAACUACGGGGAGUACCCCUGUGUUGCGGCGGAAUCGCAUUCAUUCAGGCAAGCAAGUGGGAGUGUAUUUUUACGAUAACGGUCAUGGUAAAUUGGAAGACAAUGAUAUUUUCAAUCACUUGUAUUCGGGUGUCCAAAUUCGAACAGGUAGCAAUCCUGUGAUACGGGGAAACAAGAUAUGGGGCGGGCAAAACGGUGGUGUAUUAGUGUAUAAUGGGGGUUUGGGAUUAUUGGAACAAAAUGAAAUAUUUGAUAAUGCAAUGGCAGGUGUUUGGAUUAAAACGGAUUCGAAUCCAACUUUAAAGCGUAACAAAAUUUUUGACGGUCGUGAUGGUGGCAUCUGCAUUUUUAACGGAGGUAAAGGUAUUUUGGAGGAAAACGAUAUAUUCCGAAACGCUCAAGCUGGUGUUCUAAUUUCUACACAAAGUCAUCCGAUCUUACGGAGAAACCGAAUUUUUGACGGAAUGGCUGCGGGUGUGGAAAUUACCAACAAUGCUACGGCGACAUUAGAAUUUAAUCAAAUCUUUAAUAAUCGGUUUGGUGGUCUGUGUCUCGCUAGUGGUGUACAACCGAUCGUGCGGGGGAAUAAGAUUUUCAAUAACCAGGAUGCCGUGGAGAAAGCAGUUGCUAAUGGACAGUGUUUAUAUAAAAUAUCUAGCUACACAUCAUUUCCCAUGCACGAUUUCUAUAGAUGUCAAACAUGCAAUACAACAGAUCGUAAUGCAAUAUGUGUGAACUGCAUCAAGACCUGUCACGCAGGACACGAUGUGGAAUUUAUUAGGCACGACAGGUUCUUUUGUGAUUGUGGCGCGGGAACUUUAACAAAUCAGUGCCAGUUGCAAGGUGAACCGACUCAGGAUACAGACACUUUAUACGAUUCUGCAGCUCCUAUGGAAUCUCAUACUUUAAUGGUUAAUUAAGUGGUAUUCGUCACACUUUUCGUUAAAUAGGACAUUAUUAAUUGUAAAGUGAUACAAAUGUGCGCAGUGUUUUUAAAUUUCAAACUUAAUUAGUAUCUAGUGUAGCGCUUAUGCACACGUUUAAAAAAAUCGCGACUGAUAUUGAACAUUUUUUUUUUGUAGUUGUUAGAGACAAUCAUUGCAGGCUUCCACAUUUGUCUUGGUUUAGUGUAAAAAUGAUUCAAAUAACGUACUUUGCAUUUUGAAUACCAUCCCUGGUAAUUUUGCGCUUGUGAACUUAUUUUUACGAUUUUAUGUAAGUAAAUGUAACAUGUACCGACAAGAACUAAUGAAAAAACCUGAACCCAGUAGUCUUCUCAUUUAAUAAUUAUUUUUGAGUGUUGCUUUGAAACUUCAUUAAAAGAACAAAAAUUUGUUCUUUAGAUAUCUCAAAAUUAUUGAACGCUGAACACUGGGGGAUGUUUAUCUUUUCAAUGUAGUCCAUUUUUUAUGAUCGUUUUCAAUUGUUUUCUGAGAAGCUUUAUUGUCAGUGAUACACUCAUAAUCGUAACAUGCGAUUCAAAUAGUGAAUUUUAGGAAUAAGUAAACGGUUUUAUUAUAGCUAAAGCGUUUUUGUAUAAUAAAUCGCCAACCCAGCCAAGUACGACACAUAAAAUGUAUAGUAAAUACUAGAUAAGUAUUUUUAAUUGUUUUUAAUUAAUACACGGUUAAAAACCCCUAUUGAUUGUAAUCCAUUUAAGCUUAUUUUUAUUAAAUGUAGAUUAGUUAUUUAUUAUUUUUUAAAAGACUCGUUCAUUAAUGUAACUUUCCAAAUAUUUAUAAUUUGUUGAAAUUUAUUGUUAGAUUUUACCCACUUUUCUUUUGCUCAAUUUGUUUCCCUUCGUUAUAAAAUUAUUGUUGGAAAGUUACACAGGUUGACGGAAAAGGGUUACAUAUGUUUCAAAAAUAGUUCCUAAUAAUGUCUGUUCUCUGUGUGUUAUGUUCAAAUGAACACUUUGUUUGCAUAUGUUUUUUUGGGUGGGUUUAAAAGGUGAAGUUGUGCAUGGUGGGUAUCGGACGGCCAUGCAGAUGAGCAAUUUUAAUUUGUAAGAAACCUGUAAAAAAUAUCAUUGUUCGCUUUGAAUAUGGCCACUGAUACACACUUGCAUACCUACUUGUUAGAAAUUUUAUCAUGCUCCUACCAAUGUGAUCGACUAAAUUUGUUGGUUACUCACCACUGCCGAAUAAUACAUAUAUGGCAUAUGUAAACAUCAUACAAAUUUUAAUUCGCAAUUACACCUCACAAGAUGAAUGAUGUCUGUCGUUUAAUUUUUACGUUACGACAUUUUAGAGCUUUAAAAAUAGUAAUUGUAAAUAAGUAGGAUAUUGAGAGUUAAUUGUGUGAUACUGUCACUAAUGUUAAGAAUUUUAUGGGUGUGUAGAAUGCAAUAUUUUAAUCGGUCAGUAUUUUAUUUCACGAGCUACUUUUGUUUUCGUAUCGUAUAGCAUUUGCAUUGCGUACUAAGGUAUUAUAUAUACAUAUAUGAAACACUAAUUUUAAUGUCACGUCUUUAUAAUUUAUUCCGACACACUUAAGGUGCCAUGUACCCGUAAGAACUACUUGUAUGGCUAUAAAAA